AUGGUCAGGUGGAUAUACACCGCAAUCUUGGUACCCCAAGUAACAUAUGCCUCUGUUGUAUGGUGGAUCUCUAUGAAGAAACAAUGCAACAGGAGGCACCUGGAGAAGAUCCACCGCCUAGCAUUGCUCGGGAUGACUGGGGCUUUCCGCACCACACCGACAAUGGCAAUGGGGACACUCAUGGACCUGGCACCACCACAUAUCAUGGUAGAAGCAGGAGCCAAGAGCACAGCCAUAAAACUAUUCUUAGCAGGCAAAUGGAAGAUGGCUUCAACGGGCCACGCGUCUAUCCUUAGGGAAUUCAGGGAACCAGGAGAGGCCUUAACUCUAGGAGGAGACGCGUGCGACCCGACAUACCAUUUUAAAAACAGCUUCCGGGUAAACAUCCCAUGCAAGGAAGCGUGGGAAGUAAACCGGGAGGAACUCCUCACUCCGGGAGGGCUGAUCUGGUAUACGGACGGCUCCAAAACCAAGACGGGUACCGGAGCAGGAAUAUGGGGGGAGAGGCCCAGGGCAGAGAUAGCAAUGUCCCUGGACCCGCACGUAUCCAUCCUUCAAGCGGAAGUGUUUGCCAUAUGGGCAUGUGCCAAGCUGUGCUUGGAACGGAACUAUAGGGACAAGCACAUCUACAUCUGUAGUGACAGUAAGGCUGCGCUUGGAUCCAUACGUGCUACGAUAGUGCGAUCCAUGCUGAUACAAGACUGCACGGACAUGUUGGAACGGCUGGCUAAUAACAACAACCGCGUCAACCUAAUCUGGGUACCUGGGUAUGCAGGUAUCCCGGGAAACGAGAAGGCGAAUAUGCUGGCAAGGGAAGAAGGCCCAGCCCAGACACAGCAUACCGCAUAG